AUUUGGCGUUUUAUGCUGUUUGGCAUCUCAACCGCAAUGAGUCACGAUGUUUCAAAUUCUCGCAGUGUUUUCAAUAAUGACUUUGGAAAUAAUGUCACAUUGCAUCUAGGCGAUGUACAUCGCGUGUCGGACCAAGCAAACCAGUGCCUGAAGGACUUGCGAUCAACUGAUCCCCGCGAUGAUAAAACACGCAUCCAAAACACAAAAGGUGGACUGCUAAAAGAUUCGUAUCGCUGGAUCAUCGAAAAUAAGAAUUUUAAAGAUUGGCGCAAUAAUGCACAGAACAGAAUACUUUGGAUCAAGGGCAAUCCAGGCAAGGGAAAGACAAUGCUGCUCUGUGGCAUAAUCGAUGAAUUGAUGCCGAUGACGAAGCUAGCACAGCCGAUUGAUCAAAAUACCAACACCAUCCUCCUAUCAUACUUCUUCUGCCAGGGCACUGAUGCACGCAUCAAUAACGCAACCGCUGUACUACGCGGCCUUAUAUAUCUCCUCAUUGUUCAGGAACCUUUGCUUAUAUCUCAUGUUCAGACAAGGUAUAAGCAUGCAGGCAAAGACCUCUUUUCAGAUGUAAAUGCAUGGGUAGCCUUGUCUGAGAUUUUUGUGGCUAUUCUACAAGACUCAAAAGUGAAAGAAAUAAUACUGAUCAUCGAUGCACUAGACGAGUGCGAGAGAGACUUGCCCAAGCUCUUAGAUGCUGUUGCACAACAAUUCUCAUUUCCCCACGUUAAAUGCAUCAUAUCCAGUCGGAACAUACCCAGCAUCCAGCAGCGGCUCGAGUCACAUAUACCUCAGGGCAUACUCAGCCUCGAGCUUAAAGAAAAUGCGUCGUGUGUAUCCGAGGCCGUGGAUGCAUACAUCAAACACAGAGUGUCAAGAUUACGUUCAAUACAGAAUAACAACGGCCUCCAAGAUCAGUUACGCAAGUUGAUUCAACAAAAAGCGAACGGCACAUUUUUAUGGGUAUCUCUUGUGAUGAAAGACCUUGAAGAGGUUCAAGAAUGGGAGGUAAUGGAAGUUGUUGCAGAUAUGCCAAUGGACUUGGCAGCACUGUAUAAACGGAUGAUAAACCAAAUCUACAGUCUACCGAGAAGAAAUAAAAGGCUUUGUAAAAGUCUACUUUCAGCGAUACUCACAUCAUACUAUCCACUCGGUUUGGCUGAAAUAGGAGUCCUCGCUGGCAUGCCGGACAAUAUUUCGGAGAACCUCGAAUCCAUUACCAAGCUUGUACUAAUGUGUGGUUCAUUCCUCACUCUGAGCGAAGACCACGUCUACUUUAUCCAUCAAUCAGCAAAGGAUUUUUUGUCCGCAGAGAUAUAUUCGACUGACGUCGCCCAAAGGCAUUUGGAUGUGUUCAAGCGAUCAGUCACAGCCAUAUCAAAGCUAUCAAAAAAUAUAUAUUGCCUUACAGACUUUGGACCUAGGCCAAAAGAUGUCCAAGCACCUAACCCAAAUCCUCUAGCUUCGAUGAAAUACUCAUGCUUUUAUUGGGCUUAUCAUCUUUGCGAUACAUGCAGCGCAAGCUCUCGGUAUGAAGCCCAGCUACUACUCCAUGAGACGUUGGAGCCUUUUUUGAAGAACCAUCUCCUCCGAUGGAUAGAAAGUCUAUCUCUGCUCGACGGGCUGUUAGAAGGCUUACGUUCCAUACGAAAGCUUCUCCAUGAGCUACCACAUAAUGAAAAUCCUCAGCUUUCGGGGCUUCUAAGCACCAUAGAAAAAUUUAUGCUUCGCAAUGGGGCGCUCAUUGCCGAAUCGCCGCUCCAGGUAUACGGCUCAGCUCUUAUAUUCAGUCCAAUUCAUGAUCACAUAAAAGCAACCCAAUGGAAUGAGAGACUCUCAUUUAUAGAAGAUAUUCGAGGGAUUAGAACAGACGCCUUCUUGCAGAGGCUUGAGGGCCACAACAAUCGAGUUAUAGCUCUCGCAUUUUCGCCCAAUGGUGAGACGUUGGCGUCAAAGUCUAGGGAUAAAACACUAUGUUGCUGGGAUGUUGCAACAGGUGCGCUUAAACGGACAAUUCAAUGUCAUGACGGUGGGGUUUCAGCCAUUGCGUUUUCACCAGAUAACAGAAUGCUUCUGCUUGCCACGUUUGGAAAUCCAAUACUAGGAAAGCGAACUAAAAGAAGAGACGACUAUCGGAUAACAUAUAUUCCAUUAUCGCCAGACAGUGGGACGCCACAGGCAGUCCGUGGCAACCGCAUGGUGCGACUGAACAGGCCCUCGCUGGUGAAUAAGGGUUACGAUGACGUCACGGCUUUCGCGUUCUCAUCAGAUUGUAAGACACUGGCAUCAGGAUUGAACUCUGGAUUGAUUCAACUAUGGGAUGCGACAACAGGCACAUGUCGACACACAAUCAAAGGUCAUGAUAACAAAAUAGAAGCCAUUGCAAUUUCGCCAGAUGGUACCAUAAUAGCAUCAGGAUACAUGCGAAAUUUACGACUAUGCGAUACAGCAACGGGUGCUCCCCUCAAAGAGUUUCACUGGGAGCGGGGUUUUUUAAAAGCUAUUGCGUUUUGUCUAGAUGGUGAAAAACUCAUAUUAGGACUCGUGGGGUUUGAAAACCAACUAUAUGAUCCGGCUAUGGGCACUCUUGUGUCAACUUCUAUGGGCGAGAACGAUCCACUAAUAGCAAUCUCACCAGACAAUAAGAUACUGGCAUCAGCAGAUGUCAAAAUACGGUUAUGGGACGCGACAAUGGGCAUGCACGAGAAGUAUGAAUCCGAUCGUCUUUCCGAUGCAUCUACGAGAAUUGCGUUGUCACUAGAUGGCAGGAGAGUAGCAUGUGCAAGAUCUAAUACAGUGCAGAUAUGGGAUACUGCGACAGGGGAGUGCUGGCGAACAAUCGAGGACUAUUUGCCAGGGGCUACUACGACCGGGCAAAGAGGCGGAAAAGUUUGGUACCUACAGUAUACCGCGAUUGCAUUCUCAGUAAAUGGUAAGAUCUUAGCAUUAGGAUCAGGCUGUGUUACAAACCGUUUAAUAUCAGUAUCACCGUGCCGAAUACAGUUGUGGAAUAUAGCGGCUGGGGAAUGCACCUACCGGAGAACUCUGCACGGCAGAUAUGCUGUGUCAGCAAUUGCAUUCUCACCAAAUGGCAACAGGGUGGCGGUGGGAUUCAAGUCGGAAACAAUAAUGCUAUUGGAUAUAGAAACAGACGAGUGCCUGUGGGAGAUUCAACGUCGCGACGGGUUUGGACCCCAAUCCUUCGCCUUCUUUCCGGACUGCAGCAUGCUGGCGUCGGCACAUCGCGUGCCAUUCAAAUUUAAGAGCUGCGAAAUAGAUUUAUGGGACGCAACAACGGGAUCGCACCAGCGGAGAUACUUUGUGGAUCUUCCAGACAAGAUGCGAAGUUAUAUCAAGUUCUCGCCAGAUGGCCGAUAUCUCUACAUAGAGCAUCAAUACAAGGUGAGCUUGUUCCAGGAAGAUGAAAAGAUUCUGAGCCCAGACGCAGACCUCUCAAGGCCCCUGCAAGAUCAAGGUAUUCCAAUCACCGAUGGGUGGAUAACGAAAGAUGGAAGACGCCUGCUUUGGAUUCCUCUGGAAUAUAGGACCCUAUGUGCAUUCGUGUAUGGCAAUGGAGUUGUGCUUGGACACAGGUCUGGAAUAUCAUUUAUAUGGUUGAAUUUAUGAGAUUUUGCUUACCCGAGCAUCAGAAAAGGAAAUAACGUGGCCGGUUGUAACGCGGCUUGCAAUUAUUUUUUGAUAUAUGAGAGUUCGUGUG